AUUUUGACGUCUAUCUUGCAAAAGACUUGACAACCGUUUUUCAUUUUGAAAAACUUGGUGGUACUCAUAAAAACCGUUGAUAUGGGGAUACUAUAUGGUUGUGGUUUAUGCUGCAUGCUUUUAAGUAUAUGGGCAGUUCUACAGUUGGUUGUAAUGGGAAUUUUCUUCAAGUUGGAAGUCCUCGCUUUUAUAGAAGAGGCUGAACCCGACCAUCACAGUUAUGAGGAUUACGACGACUUCAUAAAACAAACUAAGGACAAUUACCACAAAAUAGCGAUUAACUGCUGGGUUGCAGCAAUUAUUUACUUAAUAACGUUGGGUUUAUCAUUCUGGUGUAUGAAACACGCCAGGGCGAAGAACAGGAUGGCGGAAGAAAGUUUGAAAGACGAUGAAGUGUUCUGUAGAGAAAAGCCUAAGAAGUCUUAGGUACUACGCACAACAGCAGAUUGGAUGAAGCAGAGCCGCGGUGUCCUUCUUGAUAACUACUCAAACUACCUCAUUCAUAUUAUUUACCUUAACAAAAAUCCGGCGGGUGGGUUCACCCAGGCGAAGUUUUUUGUUUUCAGUCGGUAGGUAGGUAUAUCAAUAUCAACUGUUUCUCACGGAGCAUAAAUUCUGAUUUUAAUUUGUUAUCAAAAAUACAUUGUUCUAGGUGCUCCACUCAAUGUGUUUGUAUACCUACCUAUCUAUGCGCUGGCCCUAAGGAGACAGUUACUUUUAUUUCAACUAAACUAUAGGUAUAAGCAUCAUUCUGAAUUGAAUAGGUAGACGAAUCUAUUUUAGCUAUAAUAUUUGUCUUAUGAAAGGGAAA